AUGGCAACGGAGGAGAACCUUGCUCAAUGGGUCCAGUCCAUGCGAGCUGAUGGUGUCCAUGUGACACCCCGGAUGAUCCAAGUAAUGGCCCUGGAGAUGGUCAUUGAUGCCAGGCUUGACGAAUCCUCUUUCCCAGCCAGCUGGUCGUGGUUUCAAGGCUUCAAGAAGCGGCACAAGUUCGCCAUGCGGGCGCGGACACGGACCGGCCAAGACACGAACGGCGACGGAAUGGCAGCCCUUGCGUCCUUUGAGGCCCACAUCUCUCAAGUCAUGCGGGACAACAACAUCGAAGUCGUGUUCAAUGCUGAACACAGUCAACUAUGA